AUGAGGGACCGGUAUGAUUUUGCCAUUGUCAUCUCUGCAGGUGGCAUUGAAUGCCUCUGGCAAUUUGCACACCAAAAUGGCUCCUUCUACUUCAGCUAUGAGGUGCAGAGGACUUCAGGCCUUGGCCAUGAUAGACACAUCCUAGCAACUGUGAAUGACCCCAGUGGCUUCCACCUCGGCACCUCCCAGGAUGUGCAGGGACAGAUCAACUUCCCGACUCGGGAGACAGGCUUCUACCAGCUGUGCCUGAGUAAUCGAUACAACCAUUUUGGAACUGUGCAAGUGUAUCUCAACUUCGGGGUCUUCUAUGAAGGCUUUGAUCUAGAAACUGCUGAGCUCAAGAGGACAGAACUCAAUGGCACCCUGGAAGCAAUUGAGAAGAGCACCACCAAGCUGCUGACCAAUAUCUUCCACAUGUGGCGCUACUACAACUUUGCUCGGAUGAGGUCAAGGACAGACUUCAACCUUCUCCAGUCCAACUACACCUAUGUGAAGUGGUGGUCGGCAGCUCAGAGUGUUGCCAUUGUGCUCUCUGGCAUCCUUCAGCUCCGUUUCCUCAAGCGCCUCUUUGCUAUGCAGCCGAGCCAGAAGCCCAGAUGCUGA